CAAAAAGCCCUUGAGUGGGUGGCGCCCGCGGGGAUAGUUCAGUCCUUCCUCUCCCUUUUUCAUAGCGAAUGACUCGGAUAUUUCCCAACCUACCGGCAGCAGCUACAAUCUAAACGAGGGCCGGGGCUACCUCAGAGCCUUCCCGCGAACUCCAUGGAGAAGGCAGCUACAGCGGCGCAAAGCCCCGGGGACAACGUGUCAGCGGCCGUGGCUACAGCCAAUAGUAGCGGCGGAGGCAGUAACAGUAGCAGCCGGAGUAGCAGUCGCCCUACGUCGGGCGGCUCCUCGCCUUCCACUUCUACCAGUCGGGGUCUCUCGGGCCGGCAAGCAGGAGCUGUGGCCGUAGCGCCGGCUGCGAGGCCGGAUGGAGGAAGCAGCAGCAGCCCCAGUUCAGCUGCGGCCAGUCCAGGAGGAGGCUGCGGCGGCGGUGCCCAGGGGGGACUGGCGGCUGGUAGGAGAACGGAGGCAGUUCUGGAGGGGACCUUGAGCAAAUACACCAACCUCAUCCAAGGUUGGCAAAGCAGGUAUUUUAUAUUGGACUUUGAGACUGGAAUUCUACAGUACUUUGUAAAUGAACAGAGUAAAAACCAGAAACCUCGAGGAAUCUUAUCUUUAGCUGGGGCUAUAGUUUCUCUUAGUGAUGAAGCUCCAAACAUGUUGGUGGUAUAUUCUGCUAAUGGAGAAAUGUAUAAACUGAGAGCUGGUGAUACAAAGGAGAGACAGUACUGGGUGACUCAACUUCGAUCUUGUGCCAAGUAUCACACAGAAAAUAAUUUGAAGAGCACUUUGACUUCACAAGCAAAAUGCUUGACUUUGUUGCCCCUUGGAACUGUUAACUCCUCAUCUCUCAAUUCUCAAAAAAUCGUAAGUCAGUGUGGGCCUCCAGUUGUUACCAUUACACAUCACAAAUCUCCUGUGGUAGCCCGAAAAACCAAACCUCAGUACCCCGGCCAGCUUCAUGGAGUCAGAGAAAUUAUGGCCCAAGUGGAAGGACAACAGAAGAAUCUUGUGCAAAGCAUUGAAUCCCUUCCAGGUUCUGGUUCUCUUUCUGCCUUUGAUCAAGACUUGCUGCUUUUAAAAGCUACCUCUGCUGCUGCUCUCAGUUGCCUGGGAGAAUGCCUGCAUUUGCUUCAACAGAAUAUAAGCCAAGUGAGCGCACCCCGGAACAGGACAUUACCUUCAGAAAAUAUCUUAGUAUGGCAUGGAUCAAAGUCAAAUUCUGCAGAGAUACUGAAAAAUAGUGCCCUUGGUUCAUUAACAACAGCGAGUGCCAGUCUCUCAUGGUCAGUCAUACCAUCUGUGAUACAAGAUGAAACUAUGCAUACAACUCGUGAAGUGAUUCUGGUUGAAGAUGAGGUGACAGACACUGAAGACAAUGAAGAGGACGAUUUAGGAGACUUGGAUGAUCAGCGUAGUGUAAUCCUUCAUAUUAUCUCACAACUGAAACUUGGCAUGGAUCUAACUAGGGUAGUCCUUCCAGCCUUUAUUUUAGAGAAGAGGUCUCUGCUGGAGAUGUUUGCAAACUUCUUGGCCCAUCCAGACCUAUUUUUAUCAAUUUCGUGUGGAAUCACUCCUGAGGAAAGAAUCAUCUCCUUUGUGGAGUACUAUUUGACAGCUUUUUAUGAGGGCCGAAAAGGAGUUGUUGCCAAGAAGCCAUAUAAUCCAAUAAUUGGAGAAACAUUUCAUUGCUCUUGGAAUGUGCCUAAGGACAGAGUAAAACCAGUCAGAGCAAACACUGCCUCUUGUGGUCUCAAGGGGCAAGCUUCAUCGGAAUGUUAUAGGCUGAGAUUUGUAGCUGAACAAGUAUCCCAUCAUCCACCAGUAACCAGUUUUUACUGCGAGUGCAAAGAGAAGAAAGUGUGUGUGAAUGUUCAUGUAUGGACCAAAAGCAAAUUCAUGGGGAUGUCUGUAGGUGUUUCUAUGGUAGGUGAAGGCAUUCUUUAUCUCUUGGAACAUGGGGAGGAAUAUAUAUUCACAUUGCCUUGUGCCUAUGCGCGUUCAAUACUUACUAUUCCUUGGGUGGAGCUUGGAGGCAAAGUCAAUAUUCACUGUGCCAAGAGUGGUUACUCUGCUACGGUCACAUUCCACACCAAGCCAUUUUAUGGAGGAAAACUACACAGGGUUACAGCAGAAGUGAAGCAUAAUCCAACCAAUACCAUAGUAUGUAAAGCACAAGGAGAGUGGAAUGGCAUUCUGGAAUUCACAUAUAGCAAUGGUGAAACCAAAGUAAUUGAUACCACCAAAUUACCUAUAAUCCGGAAGAAGAUCAGACCAAUAUCAAAACAAGGCCCUUUUGAAUCAAGGCAUUUAUGGCAACAUGUCACUGCUGCCCUGAAGGAAGGUGACAUUGAUGUGGCAACAGAACAUAAGCAUGUCCUUGAGGAGAGACAGCGAAAAGAGGAGAGGCAACGAGCAACUAGUAACACACUUUGGAAACCAAAAUAUUUUAUCAAAGAGGGCGAUGGGUGGAUGUACUUUAAUCCCCUCUGGAAGAGUCAUUGCUAAAUUCACCUGGAUUCAAAUGCCCAUUUUUAAAGGCAUUAAAUAGAUGCAUUAUUUAA